GCGACCGCCCUUUCAACUGAAGCCGAGCGUUCCAGGCGGCGGUGAUUGAGGAACCAAAGGAAGAGGCGGAGGCCGCACCGGCGGCGCGGGUGACCUCUCCCGACAUCGCUGGUGCAGAUGGACCCGCCGGAGAGCCCCCCAGCCGGGCAACCAUCAUUCACCGACGUCUCGCUCUACGAGGACUCACCUGUCUUUGAUUUCAUCAAUAGUCUAUCCCCUAUAGCAACACCAAAGCCUCUAGAUUCGGCACAAAAUGGGCAGCUAUUCAAGUCAUCUGAUUUAGUACCUGUUUCAUCAAUCUUCACAUCACCCCAAGUUAAUCCACAAAAGGAAUCCAAACCUGGAAUCAGGGAUGGCUACAUUCAACUUUCUCAAGGACUCAGUCCCAACUGCCAAAGGAAUCAGAUAGGGAGUUCUAGCUGCAUUGAACUGUCUGGAUCCCCAACAAUUCCUUCAGAAAAUUGUAGUCCUUCUGAGGAUGCAACAAUUUUGCCAAGCAAAUGGCCUCAACCCAUUCCGCUUGGUAGUGAAACCUUAGGGGAUGCCAAGAAACAAGAUACUGAUGGUAAAGCAGAUCACAGUUCAGAUGUGGGGCAAGUAAAGUUAUCAAGCACAUGCUAUGAUCAGAAUGGCGUUGAUCAAAUGGAGUCGUCAACUUCUGGAAGAAAAGUUCAGGAAAAUGAGCUGGCUAAACAGUAUAAUGAUGAUCUAGCAGCUUGCAGUUUAAAUCACUUGAUCUCACAUUCUGGUACUGGUAAUGGUGUCAUGUCAAAGUCAGGCCUGUCCUUAGAAGCACAACAAUUGAGUUGGAAUCUAAGAAGUGAUGAUGUCAUAUUUAGCAAAUCCUUCAUGCCAAUGGAUCAAGGAAACUCGGAGGAUUCACAAAAAAAAAAAAUUUGAUGGGUCAACUGGCUGUUAUAUCCAGAGUGCUGCUGAUAACGCCCAUGUUUACUGUGCUGGUGCCACAGAAGGUGUUGCAACGAAUCAUGACCCAGAAAUGCUCCCUGGUGUUAUUCAAAGCCAGUUGGUUUCAAAUGAAUAUUUCUUUGACACAUUCAAAGUUCCCAGUGAUGAUAUGGCACUGUCAGAGGAUCAAUGUGGCAGGCUGCAUAGGUGUAGCCUUUUUAAUGAGAAGGUAGGGGCAUCUGAUAUGAGUGUGCAAAGUGGCUCGAAUCCUCAUCUUGCAAAUAUAUGUGGCGAUAACUACCUGAAGCCUGCGGGGUCCCCUGUGUAUGCAUUGCCUGGUAUUGGUUUGCAUCUGAAUGCUGUUGCCUCGAAUUCAUCCAACAACAUGCCAUUCACAAUUAAUCCUCCACUGCAACCUGAACAUAAUAGUCCGACAACAAUAGUUUCUUGCAGUGAGACGGGUCUCUAUAGCAGUGAGGUAUACACUCGUAUUCAUGAUGAUCACUCUUCUCAGAAAACCAUGCCUAAUGCUAAUGAGUCUUGCCAAGAAAGCCACAAGAAGAAAAGGCGCAAGCUACAGAAUGGUGAUGGUGACUCAUGCAGACGUUGUAGCUGUAAAAAGUCCAAGUGCUUAAAACUUUAUUGUGCAUGUUUUGCUGCUAAAGUCUAUUGUUCAGGAUUCUGCUCAUGUCAAGGCUGUUUAAAUAAUCAUACUCAUGAGGAAACAGUUUCAUGUAUUCGCAAGCGGACUGAAUCUCGUAACCCUCUAGCAUUUGCUCCAACAGUAACACGUGCAUGUGAUUCUGGUUCAGAUUUUGGGGAUAACUCUAACAAUACUCCUGCUUCGGCUCGACAUAAAAGAGGCUGCAAUUGCAGGAAGUCUUCUUGCCUUAAAAAAUACUGCGAGUGCUUUCAGAGUGGUGUGGGAUGCUCCAUGAGCUGCCGAUGUGAGAGUUGUAAGAAUUCUUUUGGAAAAAGAGAGGGGGUGCUGCUGCUAGCUACUGCGAAGAUGGAGAAAGGGGCAAAAGCAAAAGGCACUCGCUCGACGGAAGAGAAACUUGCGUUUGAUAAACAGGAUGUUGUUGGUCAAUCUGGUGAUCUUCCAUCCACCGAGAAUCUAUUUGCAACACCUUCGCUUGGGCCUUGCAGAUCUUCGAUCCUGCCUCCAUCUACAUGCUCUGAACCACCACUUUCAACAGCCGGAUACUCUUCCCGACUGCACAACUCCCAGUCUCCCAUCAAGGCAGAUGUUUUGCUCUCUUAUUUCGAUACCUGUGCUGCAGAAAUGAUUGUUGGGGAUGGUUCGGCAAAUAUCCAGGAAGUGGGCUCAUCUUGCAUCUCCAGCGUAAAGGUUGUGUCACCCAACAAGAAGAGGGUCUCACCCCUGCACACUGGUACCGGAUUGUCCCCGAUCGGUAGGAGUGGAAGGAAACUGGUUUUGAAGUCCAUCCCUUCCUUCCCUUCCCUCACUGGAGAUGCUGACAGCGAGCCCCAUUAAACAGAGUCCCCCAGCAUUUGGCACCUGAGCCCUGAGGCUGACCGGUACGGGAACCCUGGAUCCUUGGAAGCUGACUUCGCCCAAUUUUGUUUUGAUGAAGAGAUGAAGGAAUUUAGCAGUUCUACCAUGCAGAGAUAUAUAGUUGGCUAAUAUUUCUCGGAAGCCCGAAGAGUAACAGUUCCACUACAUGUGAUUGACCUGUCGUUACCUAGUCCUGUCCAUGCCAUUUGGUCUAAGGUCGUCAGAAUGUAUAUAUUUCCACAGCUCGUGGGCGAUAAGUGCAUACGUGUCAAAGAAAAGAAUGCUUAAUUUAGCAUCGUAACAAAUUCAUUUUGCUGUAUUCCAGUUUGUGCCCCAUAACAUCGCCGCAGCCAUUUCCA